AUGGACGAGACUGAAGCUCGGCAAGUGCAGCACCGAGCGUCCGCCUACAGCAUCAUCAACAACGAGCUCGUCAAGCGCAGCUCCACCGGCGUAUUCCAACGCUGCGUCAAGCAAGACAAGGGCAUUGAGAUCCUCCUCGACAUACACCAGGCAAGGCCAAUCAAGAAGCUGGACGGGCCAACGGUCGUUCGAUUCGUCAAGGACAUCGCGGUGCGCUACGGCAUGCCGAACAGCAUCAUCAUGGACAACGGCACCAACUUCGCCAAGGCUGCGCUCGCGCAGUACUGCUCCGUCUUCGGCAUCCGCCUCGACCUGGCUUCCGUUGCACACCCGCAGUCCAACGGCCAGGUCGAGCAGGCCAACGGCCUCAUCCUAUCUGGCAUCAAGCCGUGA